AUGGACGACUACUACCCAGAGGAGGUGGUGCACCAAAACCAAGACCUGCUCGUCCUCGCCUGUGGCGCUGCGCUGAUUUUCACCGCCCACUUCCGGUUCUGCGUUGAAGGACGACAAGAUCGGCCUCAUGCGUCGGAACUUGAUCGUUGGUUCACAUUCAUGAUGUGGCUUCUGGCACUGUUCAUUAGUAUCAUGCUCGGGCCCGCGUUUAGCUUGGCCAUCAUCAUUCUAGUCGUCACCCUAAUCGUAUAA